UCUUCUAACAAUUUCAGUCGUGUUUCGAUCGCGGUUAGUAAACGUUUGGCGCUCAUGCUGUGUUUUGUAUUAUCUGUUGUGUGUAGGGGUGUCUAGUUUUUGGUGGGUGAGAGUGAUAAGAGCGUGAUUCCGUUGUGAUUCCGUUCCGUUGUUUCGGAAGCAUGCUAUUAUUUGGCAACUGUGGUGGUGUGUGAGUGAUUGCGCGUAAAAACAAUUCAAAACUGAUUGUGCAGUGCAAACAUAGCCAAUGGGCAUUCCGGACGGAUAGCGAAUUGUCAUUGUUGGCGGCGUCUGGGGUUUUCGCUGGCCGGUGAACGACAGAAAAAAGAAAGUGUAUGAAAGUGUCAGAUAGAAGGUUGAAUAUAAUCAAACAUUGAUAACAAGUGAUUUGUUUCGUGUAGCAUUUCCCUGUGGCAGCGGAAGAUUUUGUGCGAUGAAAUGUCCGCAUUUUAAAGGCUCGACGAUCCUGAUGAUCCUUUGACUAUCGGCCAGCAGUUUGAACAUUGCGACGAAUUAUAAUUCAAUUGUGCAAAUUGUGUAGCCAGUGUAUAUAAUAAAUGUUUGUGAAAUUCCCGGCCCGGAGCUGAACGUGCUAAUUGUACUAAUUCAGCUGAUGUGUUUGGCAUGUGUUUCAAAGUUUCAAAGCAAAAGAAAAAGGAUUUGAAACUUGCUGUGCUCGUGUCGAUUGCCAUUCGUGAAUAUUGAAUAAUGAGUGGAGAAUAAAAAGGCCGAAGGCAUAACAAAUAUAUGUUUUGAAGUGAAUUGAAAUUGGUGUGCGGUGUUGUGACCUAUAUUGUGUGACGAAACACAAAAUAGCAGUGCUUUAAAACAACGAGAGAGAAAAGCGAAGAUGCGAUGAUAAACGGUUAAAAACAAAGAGGAGUGAAAGAAUCGUACUCGGUGAGAAAAAGAAAACAAAAACAAAUUUUAAAAUUCAAAAAGUGGUUAUUCGUGGCCAGGGAAUAACGAUAAUAACCUACAGCAGAGCAACAGUAACAAAAACAACAACAAGAGCAGUGUGUGACCGCAGACAAAAAGACGGAGGAAAACAUUGAAUUGCUGGACCUGCGAUCGGCGGCAAAAAAAAAGGUACUACCAGUCAACCAUCGUACACAACAACGAAAUGCCAUACACCCCACCUUCUACGGCUUGGCUCGGAGAACUGCUAUAUCAUCCUUAAGUCAUCCUCUUGGGGCCAUCUUCCGCGCAGUAGUUCAUCAACGGUUCUGGGAAUCGGAUCGAAGUUGCUCGCAGCGCGCACCGUGCCGCAAGUCAUCCGAUCACUGAGAGCGAGAAAUUCUGACCACCAUGGUUGUUUAGAGGUCGGUAUCGGAACACGGGUACCCUACUCCGGAUAUCGGUCGAUAUCUCUGAAAGAAAAAAAAAGUUUCUUCUUGGGCUUUAUUGUGCCGGUCACUUUACUUUCAUUUUUUUCCCAUCGUUGGCGAUAGGAGGGCUACCUGCCGCCAAGUCGUGACAGUUGAAGAGAAAGAAGUCGAUUGUGAGACUUGACGAGUUUUUCAGCCCUACCCAACAAACGUGAGUGAAUCCGCGAAAUAUUCAAAGUGAAAGAGAGAGUCAAACCAAUUUAAUAAGCAGCUGAGGAUGAAAGCAAAAGUGUCUAACCUUGAAAAUGAUAUUUCGUGGUCGGUCGGUAAGUGUACGAAAUAGGAUACAGCAUCUCUAAAGCACAACGGCAGAAAAGAAACGACUGAAACCGGUGUGUGGAGAAGAAAAAUAAAUAAUUGCACGAAAAUUACAAUAAAAUUAAAAGUGUCAAGAUCGUUAAGAAAUCAAUGUUAUGCUAUUAAUUUUUGUUUUGUUCCAACGACAAGAAAAACUGUGUGUUCGCGCGUUACUUCCCCGUUCGAAACAUUCAUUGUCCGGGAAAAAUUGAUAAAUAAGAUGUGAUUGGUGUUUGUGCGUGUGUGUGGGUGUACUUCGUAUCGAAUGGUGGUGAUUUUCAAUUGUUUUCAGCAGCGUCCAGCGAACCAAAACCUCUCUCAUCACAGCAGGGUGUUUUGAACGCCAACGACACCAACGCUCCACGCCCGGUUGAACCCCGGAACAAAGGAAGUGAUUGUUCCGAUCUAUUCCAACUGCAGUAUUGAAAUGCAUUGAACGAAGUCGACCAAGAGCGCUUACUCUGAUUCAUUUGUGGCAGUCAAUGAAAAGAUUGUCAGCGGAAAAUGCAGUGAAUCCUCGUUGCACCGGAACGAUGAAAAAGAAAGCUAAAUUAACAAUGUCCUCGCUAGCGCUCACUCUGCUCUGUUGCUGUUCCUGUAUGUUAGCAUUGGUGGGUGGUCUGCCAAUAACUUCGAAACCACUGGACAAUAGCCCGGACCACUUGACAUGGCAGGCGGCAUGGCUGUCGGGUGACUCUCGAAUCUCUGGAGCGGGAGGCAAAGCGAAAAAAAUUCCCAAAUCGAUCUUUAUUGCACCGCAGCUGAACGGAUACAAUGGUUCGUUGUGUCCGCCCGACUCCAAAAUAGAUUUCAACGGCAAGUGCAUCCAGGUGAUCAACAUCAACACCGCGGACAUUCUGUUAACGAAGAUACAGAGCAUAUUGGGUAACACGGGAGGUACACCGAAUACCGGUGGAGAAGAUGAUUACGAUUACUAUGACUCGUCCGGACCGUACCAGGUUAAUCUUCCGCUGAGCAUAGACUUGCCGGUGGAAAAACCAGCGCAGCCUCCCAAACCAGUUGACCACUUUUAUGGCGCUGCUUCACUGGUAGAUAACUCACCGGUGGAGGAGAAACCAAUCGCAGUGGAGCAGACAUUUCUUGGCGGAAGUAGCAAAAAAACCGUCGACCAAACAGCCGCAGAAAGUAAUACCGAUAUUGCGUUUCUUGCCUUUGAAAGUCUACCUAACGGAUCACUUUCAACGCAGCUCGAGUUGGACGGAAAUAAUCGGACCGUCGUUCAGCAGAUCGUUAUCACUUCCACGCCAGCUGUUCCAAUUACCGCUACAAUUGGCACAACUGAUACGGAUUAUAAUAUACCAGGUAGUACGAGUACUGUGGCAAGCUCUAGCACUGAUGCUACCACCUCUGCUCAUGUGACCACUGUAACUACUGAAGAUCCUAGAACAUCCACAACUGAUAUGGUCUCUACAAUUGACAGUGCAAAACCUACGGAAUUUUUAAUUGGUACGACAAACGAGGACGACCGUCCGAACAGUUACGCUUUUGCCACCACCACCGAACAUACUCUGAAUGACCCUACGGAUGAACUCAGUGGCCUGAAAUCAGAACUUAUGGAAGAGUCUCUCAUGCUGGAACCCCACUCCUCUUCUACCACGGAAAUGCCGUCAACAAUGCCGGAAGUUGACUCUGAAAGUUACGCAUCAUCGACAAAAAUUAGACCGACAGAGCCGCAUACGAGAACUACAGCCCCUAGCGAAACCACCACGACAAAGGUAAUGAUACAUACCAUUGCUCAUUUCCCGUCGGAAUCAUCUCGGGCUACAGCUAAUCCUGUCCAAAUUGUUACCCCAAUUACAAUCAACUGGAAUAGUCCACUUGGAGCCACAGCAUUCCCACUUCCGGCCGCAAGUCAAACUCAGCAAGAACGCACAACGAGAGCGACACCCGAAACCACUCCAACGGUUUCCGUGGAUCGUUCAACCGACUCACCUUUUCUAGUCAUGAAAGAUACAGCGGUUGACAAGAAGAAUAGCGAAACCGUGCAUCGCCAGGAGAUGAGAGAUAACCUCCGCGAAUCUAUGGAUGCUAACAAUCGGUUCGUGUAUCAUCAUCUGUCCGCUUCAUCGUCCACUUCGGUCACUCCCCAGAGUCACGAUUACACCGAUCAGCUGAAGAAGAUCAACGAAAUCGUAGCGGAAAACAAACACCGCCAUCAGCAGCUCGGCGGUUCGAGAAUUCGGUUCCCAACACUUGACGAAGACCAAGCGCCGGCUGCGGCAACCAGCAAUUUGGUGCGCUUCCCGGGAGCGGUAUCCCAUCGAGUAGUGCCCAAUGUCAACCAUCUUCCGGACAUCUUCCCAAAGAAAACUUCCGACAGUACAACAACACGGCCUCCGUUCUGGUGGCUUCCCUCCGGCUGGGAAGUAGACCAAACCGGACAGAAGCCAAUGUUGCUGAGAUUCUGGUCACGGAUGCCUCUCGUACGGGACCAAUCACUGACCACCAGCAGCACAAGCAGCAACCCCAGCAGCCGAUGGAGAUCUUCCUCGGUCACCGCAGCUGGAAGUAGCACAUCGCCGUCUCUAUCGGCGCCGAGGGGCAACUCCAAGAGCCCGAGCGAGAACUUCUACAAAGAGGUCUCUUCACAGGACAUCUACAAGGUGCUCAACAUGCAUCAGUUGAAACACAAAAGAUAAAACCACCACCAGUAGCCGUUUUGGUAGUGUGUUUGCCCGCCCCCCCCAGCUUUAAGUAUUAUUUAAUUGGAACAAAAUUGUGUAUAGAGACAAGCAUAACGAGUGGUACAACGAUGUAUUGUUUAAGGAACCCCCCACCCCCCACAACCACCUGAAGAGAAAAAAAGCACGCACACAGAGAAAUGUGAGGAGCGUUUAGUUUCAAGUUUUUUUUGGAGGUACUUCUCAGUUUUAUUCUUAUUUCAUCAUAUUCUGUAUAGCAUCUGUGAUAUUCUUCCGCUUUAGCAUUGGACCCCUUCAAAAAGAAGUAUUUUUAGCACUUGAAAAUGCCGCCUUUUUAAAAACCCACACACCGCUGUUCUCACUUUAUCCUUUUGACUGAUAAAAUGAGCAAACCCACUACUUUUGUAGAACCCUCACAUUUCACCGCACUCAGUCGUUCAAAUGAAGAGCACAAUCGUUCUGUACUUCCCGUAUUUAUCGCGUUUCGGUGUAUUGUACAUACCAUUAGAAGAUUCAGUUUUCCCACUGUUCAAUGUACUGUGUAGCACUCAUCAUACCCAAUCAUUAUUACGAGAAACAAACAAUGUAAAUUAUCAAUGUUUGGAAGAAGAAGAAAAAAAAACUUCUAGCGCGUCGCAGAAUCCCUUUUCGUUGUCUAUCGAAGUAAAUUUACACAAAAUGUGAAACAAGAAUACUAAAUACAUGUAUGUAUGUGCCAAAAAGUAAUAUCAAACAUAUGUUGUCUUGUUGCGAAACGCAAGCGGAAAGCAUCACAGCGUUAUUUGUAAGAUCACGUGUUUUGCAUGUUUUUAUCAUAUAAAAAUACUGCAAAAACUAUCCAAAACUCUUUGUUUUUUCCCUAUUUGAAAACAUACAAAAAAAAAUCAAAACAAAACGCUAUCCUGUAUAUAUAUACUUAACAAAUAGUGAAUUGACUUGGUAGCAUUAAUAUUCGCUGGAAUAUAAAUGUUUAGUGUGUAUAUUGUUAAUCAAACGCGAAAGCAGAAAUAUUUUAUUUAACAUAACCUGUAGAUUCAUUGUAACAUUGUGCACAAAACUAUGCAGCAGAGAAACGAAAACAAAAACGAAGCAACUCGCCGGCUAACACGCACGCCGUGAGUGAGAAACAAUUCGAAUUGAAACAACAAACAAACAAAGUGUUUAAACUAUUGCCAAAUGUUUUACUCUGUAACAUAAACUUUUAAAAGAUACAAAAAUGUGACUAUAGCAUGUAGCAAACGCUCUCCAAUGUUUGAGAUGUUAAGAAAAGAAAACAACUUAUCUGAAUAUUGUCGAACAAUCACCUUCUGAAAAUAUAAACUAACGAUCGGUAGCUGCCCUGUUUCUACGUUGAUCGGAAAUCAUUUAAAGAAA